AAAUAUUGAAUUUGUUGGUGUUUCAGAAUUUUUAUGCAGAAAAGAUACGCCAGGUUAAGAGAAGUUGAUUAUUUUGACAUCAAACUGGUUUUUCAUUAGUAUUGCGAAUUACCUAAUGUGAAAAAUCAUCGUGUGGCUAUUCGUCAUCACAAGAUGUCCGGAUUUCUGGAUAACUGUCACUGUCGCUGUGAUUGUAUAGAGCUUGGAGAACGUAGGAAUGCAGUCGUCUCCAUUAUCUCAGGCAUUCUUUUCUUUACUGGAUGGUGGAUUGUUAUAGACGCUGCAGCCAACUACCCAGAUCAGAAAGACUUCAACCAUGCUUUUCACACAUGCGGUGUGUUUGGGACGUUAGCGUUUUUCUUCAUAAAUUCUGUAUCCAAUGGUCAGAUAAGGGGAGAUAACUACACAGAUGGCUGCCUGGGUCAGACUGCAGCCAGGAUAUGGCUUUUUAUUGGAUUCCUGAUGGGGUUUGGUGCCCUCAUAGCAGCAUCUUGGAUCCUGUUUGGGUUCUAUGUAGUGAAUAACCCAGGAAUCCCAGACUGGCCAGGGGUGGCUGUAUUCCUACAGAAUGCCCUCAUUUUCUUCAGUUCUUUGAUCUUCAAAUUUGGAAGAACAGAGGAUCUAUGGGGAUGAGAAUAUUUUUCCAGCACAGAGGCCCAGGCAGGGAGACUGCAGCAACUCUGUAUUACUGCACAAGAAAGCUGCUUACCCCAGUAGAAACUAGUAUAUGUGUUGAUUGUGUGGAAGUCAGUAGUGGUGCCAAAAUAUGUCACACUUUUUGUAUGUUAUUGCGUUAUUUGCCAUCUUCAUACAUAUGUCCAAUCUUUCUUGAUUCAUAUAUAUAAAAAAAAUGUUAUAUUAUGAAUAUUUAUGAUCAACUCUGUUGUGAAUUAUACACACAUAUAUGCUGCUUUGCAUUUACCUUAUAACAAAUGUAAACACUAAGUACUUGUACAUUGUUGAUGUACCGUAAAAUGUCCGUGCAAUACUGUGCAAUAAGUGAACAAACACUUUUUAAAAUCAUUGAGACUUGGCAGAAACUGAUUCACAUUAAAUUAAGAUUUUGUAUGAUGUGUAAAUUCAAAUUUUUACAACACUUCUGCAGAAAACCUGUAUUUUUUUCAUUGAGUAUCAAAUCCACUGAUACUGAAAUUCCACAAAAUGCAGUCAGUUCUGUACAUUCAUUAUUGUAUGUGAAUAUUUAAUAUAGGGACUGGCUCUUAGACGUCAUUUCAGGAGAACAUGAAUUCAUGAAUGGACUGUUUAUGAAGGGCUUUUACACAUAUUUCAGUAAUAAAGAAAUAAAAAUGAGUAAUAAAAUUUCAUGAGUGGCACUUCUUGCGAAAUAAUGCAACUGAUGUUUAUUUAAAAAUCCCCAGUAUUUUAAUGAUAAAAUCUGUGGAGCGUUGGAUUUGUACUUUCUUGCAGAUCAGAAUCAAAUCAUACAAAGUGGGUUCCAGUUUUCAGAGAUGUCUUUUUAAUGCUUUCUAUCAACACCUGAUCAGCGCUUUUACAAGAAUUAUUGCACCACUAUUUAUCAAUACACCUUGUGUUACUCUGUUCUGCGUAGAUACUAUUUGCGUACAUAUAAACUAUCAAGCAUAUAAGGUUAAAAUAUUAAGCUUCGUUUUGAAUCUCAGUGUCUGAGAGAAUGGGGAUAUUUUAUUUUAUACUGAUUACCACAUGUAUGAUUAGUCAUUGUUGAUGAUAUUUCUUUGAAAUAGAGACCAUGCGCUAUCUACCUAUAAAAUUGCCAACUACAUAUUUUGUUGAUUAUAUUUGUUAUGCAUACAGUGAGUUCAUGAUUCAACUUAUUUUACUGGUUAAUUUUGUAAAACGUUAUUUCCUAACAUGAUUGAGUUUUGUUUUUUACAAUGUGUAGUAAAAUUUAAGUUGUAUAUCA